GGCCUCAAGUCAAGCUCUGCCUCCAGAGAGGAGGAGGAGGAGGAGGAGGAUGGGCUCUGUCCCCCCAGCGCUUGCCAGGCUCCAUGUCCUGCUCCGGACAGACACCAUCAUCCUCAGCGGGUGGGAAUGAGGAGCAGACUCUGGCUGCCAAGUCAGGAAGGGGGGAUUUCAUCUCUGGAGUAAAUGAAGAGACUCUGAAGGGAUUUCUCUUCGCUGUCGUCCGCUCCGGGGAGGAUUUUGCAGCAUGCAGCAGCAAGGCGGUCAAUGUGCUUGUGAUGGGGAUGCUCAAGACCUUCGGGAUUUUCUUCGUGGCUUUCCGAGAGGAGAUGGGGGGAUCAUCUGAGCAGGUCAGCUGGAUCGGCUCCAUCAUGUCCUCCCUGCGCUUCCUCGGAGCCCCGCUGGUGGCCGUGGUGUGCCAGCGCCUGGGAGAGAGGCCCACCUCCAUCCUCGGGGCCGCGCUGGUGGCCGGGGGCUGCCUGCUCAGCACUCAGGCCACCAGUGUCCCCUUCCUCUGCUUCUCCAUGGGAUUCCUGCUGGGGAUGGGGUUUGCCUGUCUGUACCAGGCGGCCGCGGUGAUGACGGCCAAGCGCUGCCGGGCACGCCUGGCCUUCUCCAACGCCCUGGCCCGCUCCGGGAUGGGGCUGACAUUCCUGAUGGCUCCCUUCACUCAGCUCCUCAUCGAGGUCUACGGCUGGCAAGGUACUCUCCUGAUUUUUGGAGGCAUCAUGUUGAACCUGGUGCCUUCCAGCAUGCUGCUGUGGCCCGUCAGCACCCAACCGCCUCAGAAAUCUGCCAGAAAUCAGCGCCGGGGGUCAGAGGUGGCAAAGAAGGAUCCAGAAACUCUGGGUGGAUGUUUGGAUGGAAGCACUGACAGGGAAUUACAGCAGGCUUCCACCACAGGGAGACUCCUGAUGCCCCAUGGCAGAGAUGGCUCUGCCCCAGCCUUGGAAAAGCUCCAGAAACCCAGCCCGGAGCGCUCCUCCUCAGAAACAGCCACCGAGGCCAGCAGAAGCCACAAAGCCCUUGCAGCCCCCACAAAGGAACCUUCUCAGCCUCUCCUGGACUUCUCCCCGCUGAAGGAUCCCAUUUUCUUCAUUUUCACGUGGUCUUUCCUGUUCAGCCACUUGGCCUACUUCGUGCCCCUGUUCCACCUGGUGGCGAGGGCCAGGACGCUGGGCAUGAGCAGCAGGGACGGCUCGUACCUCAUCGCCGUGGCUGGCAUCACGGAGAUGCUGAGCCAGCUGCUCUCGGGCUGGGUGGCCGACCACAACUGGACCAAGAAGUACCAUUUCCAUGUCACCUACCUGCUCCUCAGCGGGGUCACCAACCUGCUGGGGCCGCUGGCCACCACCUUCCCCCUGCUGCUCGCCUACACCGUGGCCUUUGCCAUCUUCUGUGGAGGCUUCAUGGCUCUGGUGCUGCCCGUGCUGGUGGAUCUGGUGGGUGUGGAAAAGCUCCACAGCUACCUGGGCUUUGCUGCCUUCUUCGCAGGGAUAGCAGCCAUGGGAGGACCCCCUUUGGCAGGGUGGCUCUAUGAUUACACCCAGACCUACGUCUGCUCCUUCCUCUUUGCUGGAGCCUGCGCUCUCAUCUCACCUAUUUCCUUCUUCUUCGAGCCUGCAGCCCAAAAAUGGAAGCUAAAAAAAGCCAAUUUGAGCAAGAGCCCCAGGCCUGGCUGAAGUUUUAAAGGCUGGGCUUUGAUGGCAUCAAUGCUGGGAAAGCCAUUGCCUGUACUGGGAAUGUAUCAACAGCAGCCACAUUGAAAACUGGAAUUUUUGGAUGCCAGAAUCAGUUUGUAUACCUGACUAUUUCUCCUGAUUAAAGCCAUCUGUGAAAUGCUGUGAAA